AUGGCGACAACAGAUCUUCAGCGUUCAGUAACCGACGAGAAGCAUGAAGAAGUGCAGCGCGAAUAUCUUGAGCAAGAUGAAAGUGCAGAAACGAUCGAAAACAAGAAAAAGGAGGAUGCGCUGCGGCGGAAACUGGAUUGCUUUGUUGCGCCAGUCAUGAUGAUGCUGAUGCUCAUCAGCUAUCUGGAUCGUGGGAACAUUGGAUUUGCUGCGACGCAGGGUAUGACGACCGAUAUUGGGCUGAAGGGAAGCGAACUGAACACUGCUGUAUCAGUGUUCUACAUCUUCUACAUUCUUGCUGAAUUUCCAACUUCCCUCCUCGUUAAGCGCCUACAAUUCAACCGAGUCAUUCCCACGAUCACCUUCUGUUGGGGUAUUACAUGUCUUUGCACAGGCUUUGUGCAAAACUUCGCCGGCCUAGUCACCACGCGCAUCUUCCUAGGCUUUUUCGAAGGAUGCUUGUUUCCAGCAAUGACACUGUUUCUAUGCAACUGGUACACGAGAGAGGAGCUGGGUAUUAGAAUCGCGUAUCUUUUCAUAGCAUCAGCACUCUCAGGAGCUUUUGGUGGUCUUAUCGCAUUUGGUAUCCUCUACAUGAACGGAGUUGCUGGGUGGUCGGGAUGGAGGUGGCUAUAUGUCAUCGAGGGCAUCAUUACAGUAAUAUGGGCAUUUUGUUGCAUCUUCCUUGUACCAAAAUCAUUCGAGACCGCGUAUUUCCUCAACGACGAAGAGAAGACACUCAUGCGCCAGCGCGCACAUCGGACACAAGCAUACUCCGACUCUGAGGGCUCUGGUCAUUACGGAAAGGCUGAUAUCAAAGAGGCGGCGAAGGACAUCAAGAGCUGGGUCCAUGCAAUCGUAUAUGCGAUCGGCGCAUAUCUGUCGGAUCGCUACCAAACUCGAUUCUUACCACUGAUCCUGAUGGCGCCUAUAGGCAUCGCCGGAUACGCCAUUCUACUAUCUCCUGUCAGCCCGUACGUACAAUACUUCGCUACUUAUCUUAUCGCGACUGCCUGUUUCCUCUGCACUGGCGGGAACAUCACCUGGUUAUCCGCAAACUGCGCGCCCGAUGGCAAACGCGCUGCAUCUUUGGGAAUCCUUCUAACCCUCACCAACAUCGGCGGCGUGGUAUCUGGCCAAAUCUACCAAAGCAACGCAGCGCCCAAGUACACUUUGGGUCAUGCGUGGAGUUUGGGCUGUUUGGCUUUUGCGUGGUGUGGGUGGUGGAUUAUCAAGGCGAUCUACAGAAGGAGAGAGAAGAGAAAGGAUGCUAAACUUGCACGAGGAUAUAUUAUGCCUGCUGGAAAGCAAUACACAGAUCGCGAACCAGACUUUAGGUAUCAGAUCUAG